GCUGGAUCUAAAGUGAUAUUUAAAUGUGUACAUCAUUUUAUGCGUUAUAUUAUUCUUAUUUCCUGUUAACCUGUUUCAAUGGCGACUGCAGUGUAGGAUAUCUUCAGUGACACUGUUGGAAACUGGAAAUAACUCACGGAUUUCGACGAUUUCGAUUAAAAAAGACCCUGAAAUUUGAAGAAAUCUGAAAUCUUUUUUUUUCGAAAUUUUUAACGAUUUUGAUCAGUGUGUAUUAAACGAAAGUUUUUACCAAAAUUUUUGUGAUUAAAGAAGUUUGAAGUUUAAAAUUCAAAAUGUUGGUUAAGAUAUUAACUAUAGUAAUAACAAUCCUGACAGGAGUUGAUGGAUUUGGAUCCGGAGCUCCGUUUGGAUUAUGUCUGACAAUGUAUCCACACCACAGAGGCACCCAUCAUCAGACCACACCCUCGCCCUUUAAAAUACACGUUAGUAAAGCCACAUAUAGCCCCAGUGAGGAGCUGACAGCUGUAAUUAAAGCAGACGAUGAUAUGACAUUUAAAGGUGUAGAGAUGAGAGUCCAUCGUGUAUCGGGUAAUACUGAGGAAAUACUGGGAGAAUUCACAGAGUACCCCAAAGAUAAAUUACAAACACAGAACUGUUACUUUGGUAAAAAUAACCUGAUUACUCACAGCAACAAUAAAACAGUAACCAAUUUAACUAUUAAAUGGAAAGCACCACCAGAUAAUGUUGGCAACAUUCUCUUUACAGCGACAGUGGUCCAUAACUUUACUACUUUCUGGCAUGAUAUAGAAACAGUGAUCCAGCCCAAUCAUUCUGUAGCUGUUACACCGGCUCAAUUUCAGUUGCCGAACUACACUUCCAUAUUUACUCAAAUUUCAUGGGAGACUUGUGGGAAGUCAAAAGGCUGUUUCUUUCACCCACCAUCUUGUUCAGGUCCAGACUGUACCAUUGGGGUAUCGUACAAAAUGAAUCCAGAUUCAACCUAUUCGUUUGAAAUGGUUGGACCGUCUACUCAUGGAGAGGGUUGGAUCGGAGUCGGGUUUUCAAAAGAUAAAAAGAUGGGUGAGGACCUAGCUUUCCUGUGUACCACUGGUCCUGAUAAUGUGGAGGUUCAGUACACCUAUAACCCUGAUGUAUGGAAUGUUCGACAAUACACGCAAAAUUUUACAAAUGUCGAAACCAAAAAAGAAGAUGGUCGAUUAUUUUGUCGCUUCACCCAAAGUUCUUUGCCGAGAUUUGACGAUAAUGGUGCUGUGAACUUUAACCUUACAGAGAAAUGGUAUUUAUUUUUAGCUUAUGGUGGGACGCUUCCACAUAUGUCAGAAGCUGAGAAGCAUGCUGAUUACCCUGCUAUAAGUUAUACUAAGAUUAGUCUGGGUUCUCUGGCAGUAGUUACUACUGAUACAGUAUCUGUCAGUAUCAAACAUCUACCAUCAGUCUUCUCUCUGUUUUUUGUUAUGUUUAUAUCUUUAUCAGUCUAUUAAUAAUAUUAAUUUUAU